AUGCAGAGCUCGCUCGCCCGGCCUCCGCCCCCGCUUCCGCCCCCCUCGGCGCGGGGCUCCGCGGGCGCGAGGCUCCUCGCCCGGCCCCGGCCGGCGCCGGCGGUGAGGUGCCACGGCGAGCCCGCGUCGUCGUCGUUGGCAUCUGGAUGGGCCCCGCCGACGCCGUUCACGGGGAGGGACCCGGACGCGAGGAAGCCGGCGUGGCUGCGGCAGCGGGCGGCGCAGGGGGACAAGUACGCCCGGCUCAGGGAGUCGCUCGGCGAGCUCAAGCUCAACACCGUCUGCGUCGAGGCCCAGUGCCCCAACAUCGGGGAGUGCUGGAACGGAGGCGGCGGCGCCGGCGGGGAAGGGGACGGCAUCGCCACCGCCACCAUCAUGCUCCUCGGCGACACCUGCACCCGGGGCUGUCGGUUCUGCGCCGUCAAGACCAGUAACAAGCCCCCACCGCCCGACGCCCUCGAGCCUCUGAAAACGUCCAUCGCAAUUGCGAGUUGGGGAGUGGACUAUGUUGUGCUGACAAGUGUCGACAGAGAUGACAUCCCUGAUGGUGGAAGUGGCCAUUUCGCCGAAACAGUCAGGGCUCUCAAGGAGUUGAAGCCUACGAUACUGGUGGAGUGUCUAACUUCAGAUUUUCGAGGCGACCUGGAGGCAGUUGCGUCUCUGGCAAACUCUGGCCUAGAUGUGUAUGCGCACAACAUCGAAACUGUGAGGAGUAUGCAGAGAAUAGUUAGAGAUCCCCGAGCAGGAUAUGAUCAGAGCUUAGGGGUUCUGAAGCAAGCAAAGGCUUGCAAAAAGGGUAUGGUAACGAAGUCCUCGAUCAUGCUUGGUCUGGGUGAGACAGACGAGGAGAUAAAACAAACCAUGGCUGACUUGAGGGCCAUCGACGUUGACAUUCUGACCUUGGGACAAUACUUACAGCCAACAGAAAGACAUUUGAGAGUCAGAGAAUAUGUGACUCCUGAGAAGUUUGAUUUCUGGAAGGAGUAUGGAGAAUCUUUGGGAUUUGUGUAUGUUGCUAGUGGACCUCUGGUCCGGUCCUCUUACCGCGCAGGGGAGAUAUUUGUCCAAAAUUUUGUCAGACAGAAAAAGGCCCAGCUUAUAUCUGCUGCAUCCUAG